CAAACACAGUUCAACAGUGUGAAUGACUGAAUUGAAAUAACUGUGUAUGGUAUGUGUUAAUUAAACUGGCAUAAACUGGGAUAUAAAAAUUGUCGCAUGCAUAGGAAAACCCGCAAAAUCCCUGAAAUCAGAUAUCCAUGCCUUUAAUGACUUUGGAAGAUAAAAGGACUCAUAAAUUGUCAGCCGUGUAAACAUUAGUGAUGUAAUCGGUGUAAAUAUGACAUUGUAAACCGUGUAAACAUUAGUGAUGUAAUUGGUUUAAAUAUGAUUGAUGAACUCAAAUAUAGCAUGUGAAUGACAUUAUUUCAUAUUUACAAUCAUGUGAAUAGUCUUUUUUUCAUUUGACCAAAGUUUGAAGAUACUAUUGAACUUACGCGUGGUAAUGCACAAUUAAGAUAUGUUUUUUAUGCAGUACAAAAAAAGUGCCAAAAAUGAGACUUGAAUUGAAAAGGGAACCACAAAGUUCCAUUUAAGUAUGGUAAAAUAUUCAAAACUGAAGCUCAGGGAAUUCAGAGUUUAAAUUCCGGUCAAAAGUGAAAACACAAUUGACAGUAAAAACAACAUAACAACAACACAUAAGAAUGGGGGGUAUGAACAGUUGUUGCAUUCCAAAGAAAAGCGGAAUUGAAGAUGAUGAAACAAAGAAGUCAAGUUUUCGUAAGCAUCGAAGGCAACUUAGUGCGACUUUCAACAUGGCGGUGUUGGGAGAAGAAAAAGGAGAACUUGUAAAAAAUACACUUGAUAUAAAUACAGCGAAAGAAGAGAAACUAAUGACCUUGCCUGGUAUAAACCGUGAAACUGCAAAAAAGAUUGUGGAUUAUCGUAGACAGAUCAAGGGGUUUAAGGUGAUCGAAGAUUUAGCGCUAGUUUCAGGUGUUGGUGCGGUAAAAUUGAAAGCGAUUCAGCACGAAAUAUGUCUGAAAACAGACGAUGACGGAAAAGGUGACAAUUUUGAAGCUUUCUUAAAUGGGGUUAUUAAAAAGGAAAGUAAAUCAGUGAUUGUUCACUUGAAUUCGUCAAAUGUGUUCCAGUUGAUCAAAGUUAAAGGAAUAGGCAAAACUUUGGCUGAACAUAUAGUCACGUACAGGGAUAAAAAGGGACCAUUUACGAACAUCGAUGACUUGAUAAAAGUGAAGGGUAUAGGGCCAAAUGUUUUAAGUGCAAUUAGGCCACAGUUGACAUUGUACGAAAACCUUGCUACAGACAGUGUGUCUUAUGCUUCAUCGAAAAAGUCAUCUAAUUUAAAUUUCAAUACCAGUGCAAUACCUAGCAGAACGUCAGACAUUUCUUUACAUUCUCGCAAUAAUUCCCAUGACCCGCUGUUGAAUUUUCAAAAGGAUCUUUAGAAAACUUGGUUGACAAAUUGGGGCCAUAUUUACAAAAACCGUUACGGCCUGCAGUGGAAUUCCCGACGUUUAAGUGCAAUAAUCGUAAAACUGUUCGCAUUGCCUCGUGGAAUCUGCAGUGUUUUUUCUUCUGAGAAAGCCAAUAACC